AAAGAGAAAGAGGAAAGUUCAAGUUUGUAAAGCGGAGACAAUCUCCAUAUUUCAUCAACAUGGGGUGGUUUCUGUUGCCAUAUUUUAUCCAAUGUUUGUUGCUUCUUCUUUUUCCUUCCUACAGUUGCUCAUUGUUGCCGUUGUGCAACCAUGAUGACAACUCUGCCUUGUUACAAUUCAAGAACUCAUUUGCUUUAGACACUUACCAUCCAUUUCCUUCUUCCUCUUCCUCUCUUUCUUCUUACAAGACAGCAUCUUGGAAAAACGGUACAGAUUGUUGCCAGUGGGAUGGGAUCACGUGCGAUGCCAUGUCAGGCCACGUGAUUGGUCUCGACCUCAGUUGCAAUAAUCUUGUAGGUGAAUUCCAUCCCAAUAGCACCAUCUUCAAGCUCAAGCACCUUCAACAACUCAACCUAGCUUUUAAUAACUUUUCUGGUUCUUCAAUAUAUUCUGGAAUUGGUGAUCUUGUGAAACUCACACAUCUCAAUUUAUCACACUCUUCACUCAGUGGUGAUAUUCCCUCCACAAUCUCUCACUUGUCAAACUUAAUAUCACUUGAUCUCAGCGACUACUCCCGGGAGAUAAGUAAGAGAGUGGGUCCAUCCACAUGGAAGAAACUCAUUCUUAAUGCAACUCAUUUAAGGGAGCUUGUUAUGGAUGGCGUAGACAUGUCUUCAAUCAGAGAGAGCUCUUUGUCAUUGCUAAUGAAUUUGUCAUCCUCUUUGGUCUCUCUUAGUCUUAGAGACACUGGAUUGCAAGGGAAUUUGCCAACUGACAUCCUCUGCUUACCUUAUCUUCAAGAACUGUGGUUGUCGGGUAAUGAAAAGCUCAGAGGCCAGCUUCCAAAGUCCAACUGGAGUACUCAUCUAAGGUACUUGGAUCUCUCUUCCAUCGCUUUCUCAGGAGAAAUUCCCAGUUCCAUAGGUCAUUUGAAGUCUCUUAACACCCUAGGUCUUACGGGUUGCAAUCUUCAUGGAUCGCUUCCUCUAUCUUUGUGGAACCUCACUCAACUAACCUUUUUGAGCCUGCCAUACAACAACCUUAACGGUGAGAUCCCAUCACUACUUUCAAAUCUUAAACAUCUCACUUCCUUUGAUCUUCAAUCUAAUAAUUUUACUGGUCACAUCCCGGAUGUGUUUGCCAUGUUUAUCAAUUUAGAAUUUUUUUCACUUUCCAGCAAUAACCUGACAGGCCAAAUUCCAUCAUCAUUGUUUAAUCUAACACAACUUUCUCACUUAGAUUUGGCCAAUAAUAAAUUAGUAGGCCCCAUUCCUAGUAAAAUCACUAAACUUUCAAAAUUAAGUCUUCUAGCUUUGGCUUUUAACAUGUUAAAUGGAACAAUUCCGCAUUGGUGUUAUUCUUUGCCUUUGUUGACAGAGUUAGAUCUUAAUGACAACCAGCUCACGGGGUCAAUUAGUGAAUUCUCAACUUAUUCUUUGAAAUAUUUGUUUUUCUCCAAUAACAAACUUCAAGGUAAUUUUCCUAAUUCAAUAUUUGAUUUGGAAAAUAUUACCGACUUAGGUUUGUCAUCAACUGAAUUGAGUGGUCUUGUAGACUUCCACCGUUUUUCAAAGUUUAAAAAUCUAAUCUUCCUUGAUCUUUCUCACAAUAGUUUUCUCUCUAUUAACUUUCAUAGCAGUGUUGACUACUUCUUAUCCAACAUUGACGUUUUAUAUUUAUCUUCCUGUAAUAUGAGCACUUUUCCUAAAUUCUUAGAACGAGUUCAAAAUCUGCAAGAAUUAGAUCUUUCUAAUAACAAAAUUCAUGGAAAAAUUCCCAAAUGGUUUAAUGAGAAGCUCUUACUCUCGUGGAAGGACAUUCAAUAUAUUGAUCUCAGUUUCAACAUGUUGCAAGGAGAUCUUCCAAUUCCACCGUAUGGCAUUCAGUUCUUUUCAGUCUCAAAUAACAACUUGACGGGAGACAUUUCUUCAACAAUUUGCAAUGCAAGCUCCCUCUAUGUGCUCAACCUGGCUCACAACAACUUGUCAGGCAUGAUUCCACAAUGCCUGGGAACAUUUCCUUAUCUUUCGGUGUUGGAUUUGCAAAUGAACAACCUUCACGGAAGAAUACCUAGAAACUUUUCUAAGGGAAAUGCGUUCCAGACUAUAAAGUUGAAUGGCAACCGACUGGAGGGACCAUUACCAGAGUCUUUGGCCUACUGCACAUUCCUUCAAGUUUUGGAUCUUGGAGACAAUAACAUAGAAGAUACAUUUCCCAGUUGGCUUGAAACUCUGCAAGAGUUACAGGUACUUAGUUUACGGUCAAAUAAACUUCAUGGUGUCAUCACUUGUUCCAGCACCAAGCAUCCAUUUCCCAAGUUGAGAAUUUUUGAUGUCUCCAAUAACAAGUUUAGUGGUCCCUUGCCAGCAUCAUGCAUCAAGAACUUUCAAAGAAUGAUGAAUGUUAAUGAAGGCCAAACUGGUUUGAAAUAUAUGAACCCCAACACAUUUUAUAAUGAUUCAGUGGUCGUCAUAAUGAAAGGUCAGUAUAUGGAGCUAGUGAGGAUAUUAACUACUUUCACAACUAUUGAUCUGUCAAAUAACAUGUUUGAAGGAGAAAUUCCAAGUGUUGUUGGAGAAUUAAAUUCUCUCAAAGGGCUUAACCUUUCACACAAUGGAAUCACCGGUACCAUUCCACAAUCUUUGAGUAAUUUGAGAAAUCUGGAAUGGUUGGACCUCUCAUGGAACCAGCUGACAGGUGAGAUUCCCACGGAUUUGACAAAUUUGAAUUUUCUCGAAUUCUUGAACCUUUCACAAAACCAGUUUGAGGGAAUCAUACCUACAGGGAGACAGUUUAACACAUUUGAAAAUGAUUCCUAUGAAGGAAAUCCACUGCUAUGUGGAUUGCCUCUGACAAAAUCAUGCAACAAGGAUGAAGAAUUGCCACCACACUCAACAUUUGACCAUGAAGAAGAAUCAGGGUUUGGCUGGAAAGCCGUAGUAGUGGGAUAUGCAUGUGGGAUGGUAUUUGGAAUGCUCUUGGGAUGUAAUGUGUUUAUCACUGGGAAACCUCAAUGGCUUGCGAGACUUUUUGAAGGGAUGCUUAAUGAAAGAUUGAAAAGGACAAACAACAGAGCCCGUGCAAAUCGUGGAGGAAGAAAUUAGUUUGAUACGGUUUCUUUUUUAAUGCAUAUAUGCAGUUUUAUGUAAUUUUAACUUCUCUGCUUGAAUAAUGAGGUUUUAUCUCUAUUAAUACCAUUGAGUGAUCUAUUUCAAGUUGUCCUGCAAAUACGAAAAAUUAGUGAUCAUUUGCUUAUGUUUUAAAUUGUUGUAAAUUUUCAUAGUACUGACCUGCAAAGGCUUCAAG